CUGUAUUGCACCGGUUUCUGGAUUCUGGUUGAACGACGAAAAUCGUAUUCGUUGAGGGGCCUCAUAUGAACUUAUUCCUAACGGCGGGGCAGGCUGAAAAGGAGCAGCAGGCUGCUGGGCUCAUUCUGGUAGGGCUCACUGCACCUAUGGCCCAAAUAUGGCCCAUCAGCGACCCAUUCCCCAGGCCUACAACCGUAAACCUCCUCUAUCUAACCUCCUCCACCACGCGCAUCCACGCAAACCCUACCAGCCUCUCUCUCCCGCUCCACCUCCGCCGCCGCCGCCGCCGCAGCAAGAGACAUGGGGGCGUACAAGUACGUGUCGGAGCUAUGGAGGAGGAAGCAGUCGGACGUGAUGAGGUUCGUGCAGCGCGUGCGCUGCUGGGAGUACCGCCAGCAGCCGGCCAUCGUCCGCCUCACCCGCCCCACCCGCCCCGACAAGGCCCGCCGCCUCGGCUACAAGGCCAAGCAGGGCUAUGUGGUUUACCGUGUUCGCGUCAGGCGUGGUGGCAGGAAGAGGCCAGUGCCCAAGGGUAUUGUCUAUGGCAAGCCCAAGCACCAGGGUAUUACCCAGCUCAAGUUCCAGAGGAACAAGAGGUCAGUUGCUGAGGAGAGAGCUGGACGCAAGCUGGGUGGACUCAGGGUGCUCAACUCCUACUGGGUGAAUGAGGACUCCACCUACAAGUACUUUGAGAUCAUCCUUGUGGAUGUUGCUCACAGCGCUAUCCGCAAUGACCCAAGGAUCAACUGGCUCUGCAAGCCUGUGCACAAGCACCGUGAGCUCCGUGGCCUCACCUCUGCUGGCAAGAAGUACCGUGGCCUGCGCGGCAAAGGCCACACUCACCACAAGGCCAGACCUUCCCGCAGGGCCACCUGGAAGCGCAACCAGACCGUCUCUCUUCGUCGCUACCGUUAAGCUUAUGUGCUUUGGUGUUUCGUUACAGUGGAAUCUGUCCCUUGCAGACAUUAAUUAUCUGUCUAUUUUCUUGUGAUGAGAGAAAGAAUUAUUCAGUUAUCGAAUAUCUCAUGAUUUGGCAUUUUCAGGGUGUUAUUCAUAGUUGGUAUUAACUAUCUGACUUCGUGCUAUUGUCUUUCCUUUGAUCGUGAUUCCAGAAAGUAAAUCUGCUUUACCAA